AUGUCAAGUGGUGGGGCAACUAGUGUAGUGACGAUGAAAGCAACCGCAGCUGCAUUCCCACAGUCCAAUUCACAAGCACAAAAACAGCAUUCACAAAAUAAUUUACAACCAACAAAUGUGUUUGAUCAACAAAUUCAGUUACAACAGCAACAGCAUCAACAACACCAGCAACAUUUGUUACAACAACAACAACAACAAUUACAGCACAAUCCAAGUCAGCAUUCUCAAUUGCAUCGACUAUCUCAGCCACAUUUAUCUGCAUCAAUUCAUCCUGUUCAAUCGAUUGCUCAAAAUGUUGUUGCUGCCAGUGGUCAUUCAACUCAUCCAAGUGUCUUUCCAAAUGCUGAAUUUUUUCAAACAUUACAACAAACUGCCGCAGCGGCUGCAUUACCAACUGUAUUACCAUACGAUCAAUCACAAUAUAUUGGUCAAUUAAUGUAUUUCCCUUAUCCCACAGCUGCUGCUGCUGCCGCAAAUGGAUUGUUCAAUACUGGACAAUCAAAUGAUACUACUACUCAUCAUAUGUCGAUUGGUUCGUCUACACCUGGUGGUAGUGGUGCUGGUAAUCAAGCAACAAUUAUUAAUCAAGCAUCGUGUCAUGCUACAGCUGGACAAUUAUUAACUGGUGGACUUGUAUCAGCCACACCUAGCGGAAUGAUGACUUUGAAUAAUGCUACUGGUUCGAAUCAAGUCAAUAAUGCUAAUCAUCUCUUUGCAUCUGGAGCAGGAUUAGUUGGAAUUGGUGGCAGUGGCGUCGGUGGUGCAGCCGGUUCAAAUGCGGUUUCUGUGUCUAAUUCCGCUUCUUUAGCACCUUUAUUUACAACUGCUCAUUUUUAUCCACACCAUCAUACACAGCAAACAGGUCAACAACCGCCACAACAACAGUUUCAAAUUCAUCAUUCAUUACAACAACCGCAUCAUCCACAUACAUCUGUACAUAUGCAACAUGUUCAAACACUUACAGGUCAUCCAGGUGUCCAUCUACAACAACAACAACAACAGUCGACCGCCGCUGUUGCUGCAGCAGCAGCAGCUGCUGCUGCCGCCACUGUUCUAUUGCCAAGCUCCAUAUCGUCAGCAUCACAACUUAAUAUGCUAUCCUCUCAACAAACUCAUCAACCGGUGCAUUCAACUUCACAAAAUCAUUCAAAUCAUAAUAAUAAUAGUAAUAAUAAUAAUGAAAAUUUACAAAAAACUGAAGAAAAAUUACAAUCUACUACACCAGUGCAUACACCACAAAAACAGUCUGAUCAAGAACUAUUAUCCCAGUCUACUCAACUAGGUACACCAUCUCAAGGAAAUAAUAGUAGUUUGGAUGCUAGUUCAACUACAGUGAAACGUGAUAACAAUGGUACAGGACAUUUUGUAUGCGGUGUAUGCGGUCGAGAAUUCGGUAUGCGAUGUCGUCUUAUCGCUCAUACUCGACGUCAUACUGGUGAACGUCCUUUUCCUUGUGCUGAUUGUGGACGAGCUUUUUCAGAUAGAGGAAAUUUACAACGUCAUCGUUAUACUCAUUCAAGUCAACCAAGAUUUCAUUGUACAGUUUGUGGAAAAUCUUUCCGUCAAGCUUCAUGUUUAUCAAAUCAUCGACGUUUUCAUUGUGCUGGAGCUACAGGUCGUCCUUGUCCUUUCUGUCAACGUUCUUUCCGUUCUUCGUCCAGUCUUCAGAUGCAUAUUCGGUGGAAACAUCGUGCUGAUGCUGCGGCAGCUGUAGCAGCAGCUGCGGCCGCCGCUGCAGCUAACGGUUCAUCUUCACUUUCUGAAGCAUUCACACAUUUACCAGGAUUAACAUCAUAUGUUACAACUGCAACAGUUAACGGAAUUCCAACAAUGUCUCUAAAUGGAAGUGAUCUUCAAAAUGAAACCCUCAUGUCUUCCACAUCCCUUGCUUCUUCAAAUGUGAAUAGUAGUAAUGUUUCCAGUCUUAUGGCUCCUAUCACUAGUAAUAAUGGUGGAAGAAUGGAUUCUAUUUUAGGUACAACAACAACGACAACUAAUAUUGGGUCGCCGAAUAAAAGGAAAUGGCGUCGAAAAUCUAAACCGAAACAAGCUCAAAACGCGUUUGGAAAAUUGACUGGUGAUGGAUUGAAUUUAUUAGCUGGGAUUAAUUUAAGUGAAGGCAUCGAUGUUAAUGCUGCUGCAGCUGCUGCUGGAGCGGCGGCUGCUGCUAUCGGUGGUCCAGUUCCAUUAGAUCGUAAAGGUCGUCCAUGUAAUUAUCCUUGUCCUGCUUGUCCACGUCGUUUCGCUUUCCAAUGUCGUCUUGCUGCACAUCUUCGAUGUCAUACUAAUAUUCGUCCAUUUAUUUGUAUUGAUUGUGGUCGUGCAUUCACACAAAGAGGUUAUUUAGUUCGUCAUGCAGCUGUUCAUAAAUUAGAUAGACCAUUUUCAUGUGGAUUAUGUGAUCGAUCCUAUAAACAUUAUGGUUCAUUAGUAAAUCAUCGACGAACUCAUAGUAAAAGUAGUGGUAAUGCAACAAAUCUUGGUAAUCUAAAUCUUUUAUCAAAUUUAGGAACAAUUACAUCAACCAAUAUUGGGACAUUAUCUAGUUUAGAAGAAGUAGUCAGUGGUGCAUUAGGUCAAUCACAUAAAACUGAUUCAACAUCAGAUACAAUGAAUAAUCAAUCAACUACAACCAUUACAUUAUUACCAGUUAGUAAAGUUGAAGAAAUUUUACCCGGUGAUCUUAAUAGUUCUAUUCAACAAGUAUGUUUAUCAUCAGGCAGUAAUAUAUUAACUGUUUCUGAGGGUCAAGAACAACAGCAACAUAAUUCAGAACAAGUAACAUCUCAUCAGCUUACUGCCACUGCAGUAUGGCCAAUUUUAGCCACAGGUGGUGGCGGUGGUAGUGUUGGUAUUAAUCAUGUUUCACAAGCUCAAUUAAUUCCUUCCUCUAUUGUACAGCAACAAUCAAGGCAAGCUAUGGUUUCUGGUUCACAUUUCUCUACUAUAACGAUCUCACCUACACAAUUAGCUCAACCUAAUCAACCGUCUUCAUCAUCAUCUCAACAACAACAACAAUUACCACUUGUAACCGCCCCACGACCACCUCACUUAAGUCAAUCAACCAGUACAACUAUGUUAUCAACUGCUAGUGUAAUAGCUGGUAAUGGUGGUACAUCUGCUCCUACAUUUGUAACUCUUCCUUUAUUCAAUGGUUCAAUACAAAAUAACUUGACAGAAUCUGAUAGAUCUAUUAUUAAUGGUCAGUUAACUCCUCAUUCACAUCAUCAAUUUCAUUGUCCAACAAGUACAUUGUCCGAUUCAUCACAACAACAACAACAUCAUAUUCAAAUUGCACAAACAACGGCAACAUUACAACAACAACAACAACACAUUCAAGCAAAUAAUUCAACUACACGAGUAAGCGGUGUCGAUUCAAAUAAUAAUAAUACAGCUCCAGUACUACAUGUACUACAACCAUCACCGAGCAUUUUCUUCUCACCGUACUAUCUACCACAUUCGGCAGCAUCUCAAAUGUAGACACAUACUCACACACUUGCAUACAUACAUGAAAGCAACAGUUGAACUUUGGUAGAAUUUAUUCUUGCUAAUACAAAACAUCUAUGUAUCCACUUAUAUAAAUGUAUUUAUAUGCAUGACUAUAUAUAUAGCUCAAAUAGUGAUGCAACACACUGG